GUCACAUGUCACUGAUGUCAGUCACCCUAUUUGGUGCUUUGGUGAAAUAAAAAUAAACUUGUUCUGGUAUUUUUCUUUUCCACAAAAUACUAUUCAAAUAUGUCUUUACUUCAAAACUUGUCCUACAGAGAAUAUCAAAAUGCUUUAGAAUUAACUUUACAUCGUUGUGAAAUCAUAGCAAAUCUAGCUAACUUGAAAAUAACAUUCGACAGGUCAAAGAAACCAGGUGAGACCCUAAUAAAGUCAUUAGACAGGUUUGGGGUCACUGCAAUUAGGUAUAAACAAUACCUAAUAGCUUCGCAAAAUGUUAGAACAAUCACCACAUUUUACAAGCCACAUUCUAAAGUUGCGAUUCUAGUGGCCAAUGAUAAGUACACACAGUUAGCCAAGCUUUGCACGCCUUCAAUAGACUGUGACUCACUGGCCACUCAUUUGAAAAACAUGGGAUUUAUUGCAAUAAAAAUAAAGAAUACUUCAAGUAAGCAUUUGAAAAUUAUUUUGAAAAAAAUCUUCAAUGAGUUAGAAGAGGAUUCUUAUUGCUUCUUCUUUUAUGCUGGUCACGGUUGCCAGCUUUGCAACACAAAAUGCAUGUUAGGCAUAGACUGUCCCACAGAAAAUAUCACUUUAGAACAUUGUGUUACUGAAAACUUUGUUCUCAAUGAAAUGGCUCGAUCAAAACCUGAACUAGGAAUACUUAUUAUGGAUAUGUGCAGAGUAUGUUUGGAUAGACAAUCAAACCCCCAAAUCUAUGCAACAAUCCAUACAGUGGAAGAUUAUACCGUCCACAAAAAUUUACUCAUCACCUACUCUGCUCAGUCUUCACAAGCUGCUUACGAAGUGGUGCAAAUAGAAUGUUCUACUACUAUCAACAACGAUGAGACGUAUGAGUUGAAGACCGGUGAUACGGACAAGUUAGGGCCGGGAUCAAGUCAAUAUGUGAACGCACUUUGUACGAGAUUAGAUGAGGAUUUGGAUGUUAGCAGUUUGUUGGAUAAGGUGCAUGAGGAUGUUGAAAAAUCCUUCAAGAAACAAAGACCUAUAAAGGUGCAGUGUGGAGUUGAGAAGAGAUCACUGUAUGAUCCUACAACAGUUGAGACUGAAGUCCUACUGAAUAAAUUGAAAGAAGUUACACAAGAGUUCAAGGAGCAUUGUGUAGUGUUUUAGGUGAACAUUGCCAAGUAUUUUUAAUUAUGGUGCUAAUAUGUGAUAACCUUUUGCAAUUGCAAUGUUGUUUUGUAACCUUUAAUAGGAAAUACCAUGCAGCUGUAUACAUGUAAGUUACAGAAAAUCUUUUUUUCAUAAAAUAUUAUGGUACCAUUUAAGCAUUCUAGGAACAAAUACAAGUUUCAGUAUUGACCUAA